AUGAACCGCGAAAAGGAAAAUGAUUACACAAAUACAUCCGGUAUUGACGAGGACAGUCUCAAAUGUCCAAAUCCCAUUACCAGUCAAGGAGCCGGAAGCCGACGUACUCGGGCCGAGAGCAGCUGCGCACGGUGCCUCCAAGUGGAGGAAGGGGACUUUCUACCAAUGCCCAGCUAUCCUGACGAGGCGGAGGCGCGGACCCGUGCCAUUGACAGAUACCUCGCUGCCGAGUCCCAGCGGAGGAAACGGCAAUUAAAGAUCCAAACCCGCCUUCUUGAGCUCCCGCUUUCCAAUGAAGAAUGCGCAAAUGUUCGGGUCGAGGCGAGGCGCUUCGUCGCGUCGAUGUGCCGGGAAUGCUUGCUGAUUGUUGAAGAAUGUGCGGGCUAUCCAGAAUGGAUUAAUGUCCAUCCAGUCCUGGGGCGUGUCAAGGAGCUUGUGUCGCGCGAGGAACCAGAAGAUGAAGAAACGGUUGAAAGCAUGGUGAGCUUGUAUUGCGACGAGGAACUGCGGCUUGCGCUUAAGCAGUUUGGCCAUAACCUCGAAAACAUCGAGCGACGAUUCUUGAAUGGCCGCUUUCCGCAUAUCCUUACUUGCCCCUGCACUGGAAAUGGUAAUCUGAGUAAGCUCUUGGAGCGAAUCUUUGCGCCAGAGUACGUCCCUACAGAGCAUGACUGGUUCCACUUUGACCAGCGCCGUUUGGAGCCAGUGGCCCAGGAGGCUCUCAUCCAUCGAGACAGCCACACGAUGCGAUUGUUACAAAUCACGGAUAGGUCAACACAGAGGCGAAAAUGGAUUCACAUUUUGGUGGAUGACGCAGCCUGUAUUCUUUUUAUCUCUGACCUGGCCAUCUAUGACCAGAGUCUGCUGGAAGAUGAGACCAUAAACAGGCUCCACGAGGAUAUCCUGCUCUUUAGCUCGUUGGUCAACUCAAGAUGGUUCACCCAGACGCCAUUCUUCGUCAUUUUGUCAAAUGUCUCGGCCUUUAGAAACAAGAUUCUGCAGUCGCCGCUGUCGAAAUGGUUUCCCCAAUUUAAGGGAGGCAGUGACGGAGAUGCAGCGCUCAAGUUCAUUAAAGACCGGUUCCAGGAACUUGCGAAAGCUAACCAAAAUGUGUAUAUACACGUUGCAGAUAUUCAUAGCGCAGAGGGCGUGAUAGCUGCCAUUGAGACUAUGGAAAAUACGUCACUUAGUAAAGCUUUAAAGGAGCUUGGUAUGCCUCCUGUUAAGUGUACAAACUAG